GUCAAAAGUUCGCACGGCCAGACGCGUCAUUCCCUCCUCCCUUGCUCGUUAACAUCUGAGCCUGUCCCGUCCCCCUUCCUGUCGACAUCGUCUCUUGUUCACUGCAUCACCCAUCUCCUUCAAUAUCAAGCAACAUGUCUUCACUAGCUGAUGUGCUGAAGGAGGCAGAGGCAAACGCCUCGACGAAUCCCAAGCGCGCCGAGGAGCUGUACAAGCAGGUGCUUGAUUCCGCCUCAGCAUCUUCAUCGAAAUCGUCAUCAGCGGCGAACGCAGAGAUCCUUCGAGACCAAGAAUCUGCGCUGCUCAAGCUCGCUGAGCUAUACCGCGAUCAGAAAAAUGCCACAGGUCUCGCCGAAGUCAUUACCCUCUCCCGCUCCUUUGUCUCCUCCAUCGCCAAGGCCAAAACCGCCAAGCUCAUCCGGACCCUGCUCAAUUACUUCACUGCGAUCCCGGAUAGCCGGCAGGCCCAGAUUGAUGUCCUCAUGGACAACAUCGAGUGGGCCAAGCGCGAGAAGCGCAUCUUCCUCAAGCACUCGCUCGAGGUCCGCCUUGUCUCCCUGCAGCUGGAAGCGUCGCAGUUCAAGCUCGCGCUGACCCGGAUCGACGCGCUCCUAACGGAGCUGCGCAGGCUGGACGACAAGAUGAUCCUCACGGAAGUGCAUCUCCUCGAAAGCCGGGUGUACAGGGGUAUUGGGAACUUGUCCAAGGCUAAGGCCGCACUCACUUCAGCACGGACCGCCGCCAACUCGAUCUACUGCCCACCUCAUCUCCAAGCCGCGCUCGAUCUGCAGAGUGGCGCGCUCCACGCCGAGGAUAAGGACUACACGACCGCAUACUCGUACUUCUUCGAGACAUUCGAGAGCCUGUCCGUUCAGGGCGACCCGACUGCGCUCAACGCACUCAAGUAUAUGCUACUCUGCAAGGUCAUGCUCAACCUUCCUGAAGACGUGACGUCCCUCUUGAGCAUCAAGCUCGCUGUCAAAUACGCUCAGCUGCGCGAGAUCGAGAGCAUGCGCGCGAUCGCGUUCGCGCAUCAGAACCGUAACCUAUCCGAGUUUGAACGCGUCCUCCGGGAGUACAAGGACGAGCUGAGCUCGGACCCAACCAUCCGUUCGCACCUCGCAGCACUGUACGACACCCUCCUGCAGCAAAAUCUCCUGCGCAUCGUCGAGCCGUAUUCGGUCGUCGAGCUCGACUACGUCGCGGAGCAGGUUGGCCAGGGCCGGCAGGAGGUCGAGGCGAAGCUGUCGCAGAUGAUCCUCGAUAAGGUGUUCUAUGGCGUGCUCGACCAGGGGAGGGGGUGUUUGUUGGUGUUCGACGAGCCUGAGGUCGACAACUCGUACGGAGCAGGAAUCGAGACGCUGGAGCAAGUGAGCAAUGUCGUGGAGUCGUUGUACGCUAAGACUGUUACUAUUGCAUAGACACAUUCAGCCUGUAUCAUCCACUUUCUCUUCGUAUCACACACCGGUUAUCAAACGUUUU